AUGGUAUAUAAAAAACUGCUUUCUACUCGCCAGUAUAUUAUCCCCAGAUCUCCUGCUGUAAGUGCAGCCUCUUUGGAAGAAGAAGUCUUUGGAGAAGUCCUUCCCACCCCAACACCAUCCAGUGAAUAUGAUGAGAGAUCAAAGACCAUCACUGCUACACAGAAAGUUAGUAAGAGAGCCAGAGGAGUCCUCAAGCAGGCCUGGGACUCUUCACUUAUGGAUCAACAUUUGAUAAAAAAGCUUACUGUAUCCCGCUCUGUAAAUCCAAUGCACCUGGAAGCUUCAGGCACACAUAUUAAUAGACAGGAGAAAAUUCCAAACCGGUCAUCUUCUGGCAAUCCCAAGGGCGACGCUGUCCUGAGUAGUCCCACCUUGAGACCCUACACUGCCAUCGGCCUCUGUCGGAGAAGCCGGAUCCCCGUUGCCUCGCGAAGCUUCUCCUGGAGUUCCUCUGGGUCGAAGCUGGAGGAAAGGGUGGCAGCUGAAGUAGUUAUUCGGGCAGCCCCAGAUUGCCCACAGAAGCUCCUGGGCGUGCCCGGAAAUCCCAUCGGAAGAGGCGCAGUUGCCAUGGCACCGGAGAUGCUCUGGAGGCAUCCUCAACCCCGGGCGAAAAGGGGGCCCAGGGCAGACGCCUCCUUCCAGAGCAGUCUGCCAGAAGAGCCCCUUCCUCCGCUGCCCGGAGCUCCCACCCAUCUCCCCUCGAAGAGGUUAAUCAAGGUUUGCGCUUCUCCCCCCUCCCGCCCACCCCAGCGUUUCCAUACGGUUUGUUCACAGGCCCCUCCCAGGCCCGGGGUGAAUGCUCACUUACAUUCACCGCUGCGAGGGGAUUGUUCCGCGAGCGCUGCCUAUCCUCAAAUCAAUGCCUGCCCAGAACAACAGAGAGGGCCUCAGAUGUACCGGUUUCCACAGAACCAUUGUUAG